AGAGAGAGACGAUCCACGUUCGCAGUGCCUAUUAUCCGGUGAUUAGGUGGAUUCGGUGCUAGCUGGAGCCUUUUGAUAUCUUAUAAAUCUCGGCUUCUAAUACACACAUCCAAAGGGGCACCGUCACCAUGCCCAAGGCAACAUCCUCUCGCUCCGCCGCCGGCCGCCGGCACAAUCCUCUAGCUGAGGAUUAUAUGACUGCUGGUCAUCUGAGAACUCAAUCGGCCAAGAAGUCCAGUCGCAAGUCUCGUGAGGGAGACGAACAAGAAGAUGGGGAGCGCUUCGUUGAUGCGAAGAUGUCCCGGAAGAUCCUGCAAAUCGGACAGGAACUGGCUGAUGAGGAUGCUGAAGAACAAAGAGCCACAGCAGGCGCUGCUGCUGAUAUGACGAACGCAGCCUUUGAUUUUGAGUCUCGCCUGGAAGGCGAUGAGGCCUUUUCCGAUGACGAAAAAUUCCAAGACGACCAAUGGGACGACGAAGAGGAAAUUGAGGAAGUUGAGGUCGACCCCGAUGACCUUGAUAUGUUCAACAAGUUCAUUCCUGCAGGCGACGAAGACCCGAUAUUCAACCCCAGUGGACCUGAAGCCGAAGGUCAGACUAGGAACCUAGCCGAUCUUAUUCUGGAGAAGAUCGCGGAACAUGAAGCGAAGCAGGGCGGGGAGAGCGGCGGGCCCUUCAUUCAGGGUGGUGGAUUACCGGAGGAUGCUGUUCAAAUACCCGCGAAAGCGGUGGAGGUAUAUGAAAAGGUCGGCAUGAUACUUUCUCGCUACAAAUCUGGACCUCUUCCGAAGCCCUUCAAGAUCCUUCCUUCCGUGCCCAACUGGCCCACCCUUCUCGAUAUUACACGGCCUGAGUCUUGGACGGCCAAUGCUGUCUAUGCCGGUACCAGAAUCUUCAUUUCGUCGAAGCCAGCAGUCGCACAGGAGUUCAUCGCGACAGUGCUCCUUGACCGUGUCCGGGAGGAAAUUCACGAGACCAAGAAGCUCAAUGUCCACACCUACAAUGCGUUGAAGAAAGCGCUUUACAAGCCCGCCUGUUUCUUCAAGGGCCUACUCUUCCCCUUGGUGUCGAGCGGAACCUGCACACUACGAGAAGCCCACAUUGUCUCUUCUGUCAUUGCACGCGUCUCUAUCCCGGUCUUGCACUCAGCUGCAGCAUUACUCCGCAUGUGUGAUCUCGCUGCCGAACAGUCGUUGCGCUCUUUGGAAAGUACCGGUGCAGUGAACAUGUUCAUUCGCGUUUUCCUGGAGAAGAAGUAUGCGCUUCCCUACAAGGUGAUCGACGCCCUCGUUUUCCACUUCCUGCGCUUCCGUGCUACCGACAAUGAUGCCAUGAUGACCGAUGGAUCCCGUGAAGCCAACAAGGUUUACAAGCUUCCUGUCCUUUGGCACCAGUCUCUGCUGGUGUUUGCGCAACGCUACCGCAAUGAUAUCACCGAGGAUCAGCGUGAGGCGCUUUUAGAUUUGCUUUUGGUCCGUGGACACAAGGAUAUCGGACCCGAGGUCAGGCGGGAACUGCUGGCAGGUAGAGGACGAGGUGUGGUUGCACCAGACCCGGAAAACCAAGGUGCUAUUGAUGCCGGUGAUGAUACGAUGGAUGUCACGUUAUAGACGAAAUGCUGCGGGACCGCGUUAGGAGUGUAAACUGGGAGGCGAGACGAGGUGCCCCCCGGUGACUUCGAAAAAUUUGCAUCUUGCUAUGAUUCAAUCACGAGUCGUGACCGGCAUGGGCGUUAUUUUUGGGCUAUUGAAUUGUUACAUCCAUUUCUUUUGUUUCUUAGGCACAUACUAUUCC